GAACAUACUACAGUCGCAUCGCUAGAAAUAUACAACAUUUGACGUCGUCACACAGCAAGCAACAUACAGCAUUUGACAGCCGUCCAGCAUCAUGUCUCAAAAAGCUUACGCUAAAGGUUCGGAUUUCCCCCCACUGAAGCCAGGGGUUCUCCGUCUGUACAGCAUGAGGUUCUGUCCCUUUGCUCAGCGGGCCAGGCUAGUGCUGGCACACAAGAACAUUCCCUGCGAGGUGAUUAACCUUGACCUCCAAAACAAGCCGGACUGGUUCCUGAAGAAAAACCCCGAGGGGACCGUCCCCACCCUGGAGCUGGACGACAAGGUCAUGUGGGAGUCCACGGCCACGUCCGAGUGGCUGGACGACGUCUACCCUCAGAACAAGCUGCAGGCCAGUGACCCCUACAUCAGGGCACUGGACAGGAUGUUGUUGGAGUACUCGAGCAAGGUGACCACAACGUUCUACACGUUUAUAAGGAGUCCUGGAGACAGAGACAAGCUUGUGGGAGAACUGACCAAACACUUCCAGACCUACGAGGAUUUUUUGGUCAAGAGAAAGGGUGAAUUCUACGGAGGUUCUAAACCGUCCCUGAUCGACUUCUUCCUGUGGCCCAUCAUGGAACGGAUGCCCAUGCUGACCACCAUGGACCAGAGGGCUGGCAUCGACAAGAAGACCUUCCCUAAACUCAGCGCCUGGGUCGAGGCCAUGGCCAAGGUCCCCGCGGUCAAGGCCACGGCCUUUGACCCCAAGACUCACCUGCAUUUCCUGACCGGGUUCUUUGCAGGGAAGGCUGAUCCGAAUUAUGGUCUGCAGGAGUGAGGGGGGGGGGGGG